CGCGUUUUACCAAUACCCAAACAUGGCGUCCUCCAUGAAUGAGUCGGGAUCCCAGGCAAAAAGACUGAAAAUAGACGACAGUGAUUUAUUUGCAUCGUUCCAUGACACGUAUUUAAGUGAAAAUCCUUCAUUUUUUGAUGCAGUUGACAAAUUCAAACAAGAAAUGACUGCUCUUGGAGCAUUCGAGAUUGGAUCGUGCAAUGCAGCCGACCCAGACAAUGGGUACUGUUUUACAAAGGCAGACUGUACGUUAAGACCCACGCAAAAGAAGUAUGCUUUUGCUAAUUUCUUUUUUGACGGUUUCAAAAUGUUAAAAACUUUCAUCACAAAACAGGAAAUUCCCAAAGACAGUCAACUGAGACUGGUGUUAGGACGCCUUGUCAGAUUUUUAUUGGACACAGAGAUACGAAAGGGAUUGUCACGGACAAAGGAAUGUUGUGAUGAAACUGAGCUAACGAUACUGCUGGCAUUCCACCUGUUUUCACAACUUUCAACAUCACCCCAUUUCACUGUUGAUAAUAGAAAGGCAAACCAACCCAAAGAAUGCCCCUGUAGAAAGAGACACGGCAGAAUAAUGUACGGAGACACAAGCAUAGGAAACCUUGAUGUUUGGCAUGGUCGUCUGGAUUUGAUUAUGGAGGGUGCUGAUGUGAUUGUGGAUUCUCUGGAUGAAGAGUUGGAGACCUACACGGAUGUGGAUCGGACCGUCGAUGUGAAACAGAGGCUAUUCGAGGACAAUUCUGCAGGGAGUACUUUAGUACAGGUGGCAGCAAAAACAAUAGUGCAUUCCUUUUACUACAGACAGAUUCACCCCGACCACAGUAAUACCUUGAUACCAUGCAUUGCCGUUUCUCAUCGUGUGGGGCUCAUUUUCUACCUCUAUGACUCCGUGAAUGACAUUCUCCUCGGGAGUACACAGUUUCCAUUAGCUUCCUUCAAUCCGUUCCAGUUAAACAUGACGGUGAUUAUUGCUGUGUGGCUGGUAUUAAAUCAUAAGUACCUGUGCAGUGGGUUUUCGUUGACUGAUUUAGAGGACGUACCUAAAGCAGGUUUUGUGGAUGUUGCUGAAGACAAAAUUAAUGUUUACAGAGAAGAACUACAAAGAGGACAAGUUGGAACAAGACGUUUUGAUGUUGUGAACCUUGACCCACUUUCAUUUGUGAACUCCAAAUUUAUUUUGUCUCCCAUGUUCGAAGAUUUGUAAUUGAGGCCGGGUUCUGUAUGUGACAUAAUGAAGGAUUGGCAUUAUCAUCUAAAACAGUUUUCUGUACGAUAUUGUUUUUAUGUUCACUCUCUGCAAUGAAAUUCUUAUGCAUAUGACAGUACAUGUACAUUUAUGUAUACAGUUUGUUCCAGGUUAAAGGAAUUGGAUGAGGACAAUAUUAGCCUGUACAUGAUAAAGGGUUAAACUGGAUUCUAAAGCCUCUACUAAUAUUGAUGUGUGACAGGAGUAUGUUAUCAAUGAAAAUGAUUCUUCCAGAUUAUUAAGAAAUCAAAAAAUAGAUUAUACUUAAGAGAAACUUUUAAUUUGUGUCUGAGAAAUGUUUUGUUCUGAUGUAUUUUUUCCAUUUCAGUGGGAAAAGCACCAAUUUAAAAUUUUUUACUGGACCGAGUUCUCAGAUGUGACAAAAUCUUAAGUUUGCAACUUUUCAUCACUCAUCAACAAGAAUGAUGUUGCUAAAUUACCAUUACUUGUAGCAAGCAUUAUAAACCAAUACUUGCAUAUCUUGUACAAUGUAUUUAAAAUCUUGAUAAAGAUCAGAAGGAUCUUUGAAAAAUA